AUGCAAUGUCUUCCUCAUCCGUUCCCACUGUGCUCUCCCCUCAUUCCUCCUGUGCUCAUCCCUUCCACCCUGCACUCAUCCCUUCCCCGUUCCCUCACCCUUCCCCCCUGCACUCAUCCCUUCCCCGUUCCCUCACCCUUACCCCCUGCACUCAUCCCUUCCCCGUUCCCUCACCCUUCCCCCCUGCACUCAUCCCUUCCCCGUUCCCUCACCCUUCUCCCCUGCACUCAUCCAUUCCCCGUUCCCUCCCCCUUCCCCCCUGCACUCAUCCAUUCCCCGUUCCCUCCCCCUUCCCCCCUGCACUCAUCCCUUCCCCGUUCCCUCACCCUUCUCCCCUGCACUCAUCCAUUCCCCGUUCCCUCCCCCUUCCCCCCUGCACUCAUCCCUUCCCCGUUCCCUCCCCCUUCCCCCCUGCACUCAUCCCUUCCCCGUUCCCUCACCCUUCCCCCCUGCACUCAUCCCUUCCCCGUUCCCUCACCCUUCCCCCCUGCACUCAUCCCUUCCCCGUUCCCUCACCCUUCCCCCCUGCACUCAUCCCUUCCCUAUUCCCCCAACCCUUUCCCCUUUGCCUAUCAUCCCCCCUGCCUUACCCUCAUCCCCCCUGUGCUCAUCCCGUUCCCCCUGUGUUAUUCCCUCACCCCACCGUGA